AUGACUCGAAGGCGACUUUGUUCGAAGACGACUUUGAUGGCGCAGAGAGGACAAAAGCGGGCUGCGGACGACGACGGCGAGGCUGCCUUCCUAGCCGACCUCGAUGGCCUCUUCGAGCCCGACGAGCCCACGGCGCUCGUCGAGGCCAAGAAGCAGAAGGGGCGCCCCUUGGGGAGCGUCUCCGGGCCGACCUCCCGCCCCACGCACUUCCUCAAGGCCUGCGUGGACGCCAAGGCCGGCAAGGCGUGGCUCAUGGAGCUGCCCUACAAGUACCGGCAGAUUGGGAACAACAAGACGCGCGCCGUGCUCCGUUGCACGGCGCACCAGACCUCUGAGGGUGGACCGCGCGUCGCUCCGCGUCCAGCGCGCGCGCGCGCCGCGCGCAUGACCCCCAACCCCCCAGGUGCUCGCAUGAGAUCCAUAAGGAUCGAGGCGGGGCAGAAGGCGUCCAAGAUCCACGGCGACCUCAUCGUCGAGGCGGGCCAGGACGCGGCCCGGAAGGCGGCCCUGCCUGACCUCGCGCAGGUGCAGUCGUACGUCAAGAACUACAAGCUCCGCCACGCGCCGCGCUGGAAGCUCGAGAACGUCGCGGACCUGCAGCUCUACUACGGCACGUCCAAGGUCCACGACAAGGCCGGCUUCGACGCGCUCGUCGCGUCGAAGGGCACCGACGCCUUCGUGCUCAUCGACAUGAUCACGCUCACGGACGGCGAGGGCGGCGUGUACGAGGCCUGCCUCUUCUCGUCGUCGACCAUGCUCAACAUCGGCAAGAAGGCGGCCGCGGUCUACGGCGAGGACAACAUCCUCUGCGUCACCGACGGCAAGCACAAGACUGAGGCCGCCGGCUGGAUCAUCAUCCCGUUCGGCACGUCGACGCGCUACUUCGACAGGGACAAGGGCAAGUACUCCAACAAGUUCCUCCCCAUCGCGUACAUCUUCACCAAGUCCGAGACCAAGGACGUCUUCACGUUCGCCCACGCGGGCACCGUCAAGGCGCUCUCCGUCUUCAUGGGCGUCAAGGUCACGUUCAGCGCGCUCUGCGCGGACGCCUCUCCGGCGAUCCGCUCCGGCUUUUUGGGCUUCGAGCCCCCCCUCGACCCGGGCAUCGCGGGGGUCGCGGACGUCGCGGACAAGGGCGUCGACGACCUCGACGACGACGGCAUCACGACGGCGCGCGGCGAGGACGAGAACGUCGCGCCGCAGUCGCCCAACGUGCGGGACCGCUCGUCGCACGUCCUCAAGGGCCCCCCGCCGCGUCCAAGGAAGGUCCGCGGCGACGACGACGACGAGGAGCAGGAGUCGGAGGACGAGUGCCCCGUCGACGAGGAGGCCGCGCGCGAGAUCGGCGAGGCGCUGGUCAAGCGGGCGAGAUACACGAUCACGAUCCCCCAGGAGCGGAUGCGCGCGGGCGUCGCGGAGCGCUGGCGCGACGUCGACGUCAAAGACCCCGUGACGCGCCGAUGGUUGAACCGCCUCUACAACGCGGCCAUCGACGAGUCGGUCAAGGAGGGCACGCCGGUCUGGUUGGACGGCCUGGAGGACGCCGCGCUCGAGGCCGCGCGCGUCCAGUACAUCCAGGAGGACGUGGACUGGCGUCACUACGACAAGUUCGAGGAGCUCUUCGAGGGUUUCCUGAGCGAGUUCAACCUCGAGCGCACCAAGGAGCGGCGUGCAUGGGUGAAGGGCAUCGCGUGCGCCCACCUCAAGCGCGGCCAGGAGGCCGAGAAGGGCGACGGGGUCGUCGCGGACAAGCGCGAUGCCGCGGGGUCGCCGCGCGGCGAGCCCCAGGUCGCCGUGCGCCACAUGAAGCAACCGCCCUGCCCGACCCUCCUCAGCGGGGAUGGCUGCGCCAUCCAAGCGCGGUCCGUCGGCCUUCAUCCUGGCAUAUUUAAUUGA